AUGAUGAUGGUGAUGACACUUCCCCAUCAUGCUAGUGAGCAUUUUCAUGAGCCUCCACCUUCUGCUGCUUCACCAUAUACUGGUUCACCCUUCGGGUUAGCGCAAUACUCUGCAAUAUUAUCAGAAGCAGUAGCCGAUCCACAAGCACCAUUCCCGUUUCCACCACCAGACAAAUAUUAUCUUUGUGAUGUCGCGUAUGCACAAACUCAAGGAUUUCUGUUCCCUUAUCGUAAUGUGAGGUAUUGGCUUGGAGAUUUUCUUCACAGAAGUGCAUUGACCAAUAAAGAAAAAUUUAACCAUGGACAAGCAAAACUUCGAAAUGUCAUUGAGCGUGCUUUUGGUGUUUUGAAAACACGCUUCCCAAUAUUGAAGAGGAUGAAACCAUUCCCAUUUGUUACACAAAGAAACAUUGCCAUGGCAUGUUUGGUGCUUCAUAAUUUUAUAAAGAGAGAAGGACUGUGUUAUGAGUAUUUCACAUGA